AUGGACCAACCUAGUAUUACUAUAGAUCCUGAUGAGGAAGAUGAAGGCUACCAUUUCCAAUAUAAAAAAAUUCGUGAGUGGUUAGAGUGUCAACAACAGUACCAAAUUUAUAAGCCUUCUCCAAAACACAUCACUAGAGCCAGCUAUGGUUGGAUAUCAUGUCCUAAUUAUGUACAUCAGGCUGAUAUACUGUUUCUCAUACAUGACAAAUAUAAAGGAAAGACAUACAAAGCAGUAUUAAAUAUAGUGGAUUGUGC